CUUCCUCUUCCCCCAAUUAUAGAGAAAAUUAAAUCUCAAAUCGCGACGAUCGGACGGUUUAUUAGUUUUCUGACUUUGCUUGAACAGAUCGGUCAGGUGGUGAAAGCAGAAGGGAGCUGAGAGAGGGAGAGAAGAUCGGCGCGAUCUGUUGCUGUUUCACUGAUUGGAGAGGAUUCGUCUUUCCUUGUCUGAUCCUGUCCGUACGACCAUAGCCUGUGCUUAAUCGAGACAAUGGAUUUGGCAUCCCGUUAUAAGGGGGUUGUUGGGCUUGUUUUUGGAGACAAUCCAUCUUCAAAUGAAGACAGUUACAUUCAACGCCUGCUGGAUCGCAUAAGUAACGGUACCUUGCCUGACGAUAGGAGAAAUGCUAUUGUAGAACUUCAGUCUGUUGUUGCUGAAAGUAAUGCUGCUCAAUUAGCUUUCGGGGCUUCCGGAUUUCCUGUGAUAGUAGGCAUCCUAAAGGACCAACGGGAUGAUGUUGAAAUGGUUCGAGGUGCCUUAGAAACUCUUCUUGGCGCUCUGACGCCAAUCGAUCAUGCAAGGGCACAGAAAACUGAAGCUCAUGCAGCUCUUAUGAAUUCCGAUUUGCUCUCCCGUGAAGCUGAAAAUAUCACUCUUCUUUUGAGUUUGCUGGAGGAAGAAGAUUUUUAUGUUCGGUAUUACACUCUUCAGAUUUUGACAGCUCUUCUUAUGAAUUCUCAAAACAGGUUGCAGGAGGCUAUUCUAAGCACUCCUCGCGGCAUAACUCGACUCAUGGAUAUGCUAAUGGAUAGGGAGGUAAUCCGGAACGAGGCUUUGUUGCUUCUUACGCACUUGACGCGUGAGGCAGAGGAGAUCCAAAAAAUUGUAGUCUUUGAAGGUGCAUUUGAAAAGAUCUUUAGCAUCAUCAAGGAGGAAGGAGGGUCAGAUGGAGAUGUGGUUGUGCAGGACUGUCUGGAGUUGCUGAACAAUCUUCUCCGCAGCAGUUCAUCAAACCAGAUACUACUAUGGGAGACCAUGGGUUUUGAACCGAUCAUUUCAGUUCUAAAACUUCGAGGGAUCACAUAUAAAUUCACCCAGCAAAAGACUGUUAAUCUACUUAGUGCACUGGAGACAAUCAAUAUGCUGAUCAUGGGAGGUGCAGAUACUGACCCUGGCAAAGAUUCAAACAAGCUGGCAAAUAGAACGGUUUUAGUUCAGAAAAAACUGCUAGAUUACCUACUGAUGUUGGGUGUUGAAAGCCAAUGGGCGCCUGUUGCUGUUCGCUGCAUGACAUUUAAAUGCAUUGGAGAUCUGGUUGAUGGACAUCCCAAGAACCGUGAUAUCCUUGCUAGCAAAGUUCUUGGUGAAGACCGGCAAGUAGAACCUGCACUCAAUUCUAUUCUCCGGAUCAUCUUGCAGACGUCUAGUAUUCAAGAGUUCGUUGCAGCUGAUUAUGUUUUCAAGACCUUCUGUGAGAAAAAUCGGGAGGGUCAAACAAUGCUAGCUUCGACUUUAAUACCCCAACCACAUCCCACCACCCGAGAUCCUCUAGAAGAUGAUGUUAACAUAUCAUUUGGAAGCAGUAUGUUAUUACGAGGCAUUUGUUCAGGCGAAACAGAUGGUGAUCUUGAGACAUGUUGCAGAGCUGCGAGCAUUCUUUCUCAUGUUUUAAAGGACAACAUUCAGUGCAAGGAAAAGGCUUUGAAAAUAGUACUUGAAUCACAUGUACCUUCCAUGGGAACUCCAGAGACUCUCUUUCAGAGGAUUGUCAGAUACCUGGCGGUUGCGUCUUCCAUGAAAAGCAAAGAUAAGUCAAGCACGUUGGGGAAAUCAUACAUUCAACAGAUCAUAUUAAAACUGCUCGUCACAUGGACUGUUGACUGCCCAGCUGCAGUUCAGUGCUUUCUAGAUUCACGCCACCACCUAACGUAUCUGCUCGAGCUGGUGGCAAACCCAGCUGCAACAGUUUGCACAAGGGGCUUGGCGUCUAUUCUACUGGGAGAAUGCGUCAUCUACAAUAAAUCAAAUGAGAACGGUAAAGAUGCUUUUUCUGUAGUUGAUGCUGUGAGCCAGAAGAUGGGUCUCACAACAUACUUCUCGAAGUUCGAAGAGAUGCAGAGCAGCUUCCUCUUCUCUUCCUCCGAGGCACCUCGGGAGGGUCAUAAACCGUUGACAAGAACAGCCACGCCCAGUGAAGCUGAGAUUGAGGAUGCGGGCGCGGCGAAGGCGAUGGAUAAGGGGAAUGAGGAUCACCCAAUGCUCAUAUCGUUGUUUGAUCCUAGCUUCACAGGCUUAGUGAAGAGCCUUGAAGGUAAGAUUAGAGAGAGAAUCGUGGACGUGUAUAGUCGGCCAAAAAGUGAGGUGGCUGUAGUUCCGGCGGAUUUGGAGCAGAGGAGCGGUGAAAAUGAGAAAGCCUACAUCAACCGCUUGAAAGCCUUUAUAGAGAAACAAUGCUCGGAGAUUCAGAACCUUCUUGCUCGUAACGCUGCUUUGGCAGAAGACCUAGCCAGCUCUGGGAAGAAUGAGGAAUCUCAAGGAUCAGUGCAAAGAUCAAGUACCGUAAUGGAGAAGGUUCAGAUGGAAAGCAUCAGGCGAGAACUCCAAGAAGCGUCUCAGCGUUUAGAGACAGUUAAAGCCGAGAAAGCCAAGUUGGAGUCCGAGGCAUCAGAUUACAAGAACAUGGCUGCGAAACUUGAAUCAGACCUAAAAGGGCUGUCGGACGCAUACAACAGUUUGGAGCAAGCGAAUUACCAUCUCGAGAAGGAGGUGAAAUCGUUGAAAGGAGGAGAAGAUCCCAUGGAGUUUCCUGAUAUAGAAGCGAUUAAGGAGGAAGUGAGAAAGGAAGCUCAGAAAGAGAGCGAAGACGAGCUGAACGACUUGUUAGUGUGUUUGGGGCAAGAGGAGAGCAAAGUGGAGAAGCUAACGGCAAAACUGAUUGAGCUAGGAGUUGAUGUUGAUAAGCUUUUGGAGGAUAUUGGGGACGAGUCGGAAGCUCAAGGAGAAUCUGAUGAAGACGACGAUGACCAUUAAACAAGCUGUGGUAGAGCGAUCCACUACUCUCAUCAGGUAUUCAUAAAAGCAAAAGUCUCAGGUUUCUUUGUGCGUAUCCGUCUCUACGUGGAACUUUGUACAGUCUUGGGGUGUGGUUUAUUUGAUGUUUAUUUUAAUCUUCAGUUUAAACUUUUAAUUUAUCAUCUAAAGUCCAACUUGUUAAGAUU